AGAGUUCUGAGGAAACUGGAGAGCCUGAAAAAAAAUCCUCGGCUGCACUAAGCCUCGCCACGUCUUCACGGGAAGGGCUAUUCGUCUGAGGAGAGCCGGCCGCGGCCCGCAGUGAAAUCCCGGAACGUGUGGAAAGUGCGAGCGCGGAAGCUCCGGCGCGAGGGGCGGGGCGAGCGCGGGACAAAGGGAAGCGAAGCCGGAGCUGCGGGCGCCUUUUCGGCCCGCGGUGUCUCAGAUUCAUUCUUAAGGAACUGAGAACUUAAUCUUCCAAAAUGUCAAAAAGACCAUCUUAUGCCCCACCUCCCACCCCAGCUCCUGCAACACAAAUGCCCAGCACACCAGGGUUUGUGGGAUACAAUCCAUACAGUCAUCUCGCCUACAACAACUACAGGCUGGGAGGGAACCCGGGCACCAACAGCCGGGUCACGGCAUCAUCUGGUAUCACGAUUCCAAAGCCUCCAAAGCCACCAGAUAAGCCGCUGAUGCCCUACAUGAGGUACAGCAGAAAGGUCUGGGACCAAGUAAAGGCUUCCAACCCUGACCUAAAGUUGUGGGAAAUUGGCAAGAUUAUUGGUGGCAUGUGGCGAGAUCUCACUGAUGAAGAGAAACAAGAAUAUUUAAACGAAUACGAAGCCGAAAAGAUAGAGUACAAUGAAUCUAUGAAGGCCUAUCAUAAUUCCCCUGCAUACCUUGCAUAUAUUAAUGCAAAAAGUCGUGCCGAAGCUGCAUUAGAGGAAGAAAGUCGACAGAGACAGUCUCGCAUGGAGAAAGGAGAACCUUACAUGAGCAUUCAGCCUGCUGAGGAUCCAGAUGAUUAUGAUGACGGCUUUUCAAUGAAGCAUACAGCUACCGCCCGUUUCCAGAGAAACCACCGCCUCAUCAGUGAGAUCCUCAGCGAGAGCGUGGUCCCUGAUGUGCGGUCGGUUGUCACAACAGCUAGAAUGCAGGUCCUCAAGCGACAGGUCCAGUCUUUAAUGGUUCAUCAGCGAAAACUAGAAGCCGAACUUCUUCAGAUAGAGGAGCGACACCAGGAAAAGAAGAGGAAAUUCCUGGAAAGCACGGAUUCCUUUAACAAUGAACUUAAAAGGUUAUGCGGUCUGAAGGUGGAAGUAGACAUGGAGAAAAUCGCAGCUGAAAUUGCACAGGCAGAGGAGCAGGCCCGCAAAAGGCAGGAGGAGCGGGAGAAGGAAGCAGCGGAGCAAGCUGAGCGCAGUCAGGGCAGCAUUGCCCCUGAGGAAGAGCAAGCCACAAACAAAGCCGAGGAGAAGAAGGAUGAAGAGAGCAUCCCUAUGGAGACAGAGGAGACACACCUGGAAGAAACAACAGAAAGCCAGCAGAAUGGUGAAGAAGGCACAUCUACUCCUGAGGACAAGGAGAGUGGGCAGGAGGGGGCUGACAGCAUGGAGGUCGAAGGGACCAGUGAUAGUAAUACUGGCUCAGAGAGCAACAGUGCAACAGUAGAGGAGCCACCCACAGACCCCAUGCCAGAAGACGAGAAGAAGGAAUAAAUGUUGCCUUGUUUUAUGUGUCCUAAAACUUUUUUAAAUGGAAAAAAAAAUGUUUUUUUGGUUUUAA